CUGCUCUUGGAAAAUCACCGAUUUUCCCCACUCCUGCGAUUUUUCUCGAGAAAAAGAAGACGAGAGAGACAGAGAGAGAGACACACACAGACGGGAAGGGAAGGUUUAAGGAUUCGCCGGUAACUGGAGACGGCGAGUUCAUCGAAGAAGUGGCGGAGGCGGAGGAGGAGGAGGAGGAGGGUCAAAACACCACUCGCCAACAAAAAUGGUGGCUAUCUCGACGUGGGUCCGUUACCUCUGCCACAAGCUCGAGUACUCGGCAUAUCUCAGUUGGAAGAGCUAUAAAGGUGGCCUAAUUACUGAUGGACAAGUAGGAGAUGCUAUGUGGAGACAUCUAUUUCAAGGAAGAUUGACAUACUUGCACUGGCAUAAAGGAGAGGAAAUGGCUUCCACUGCAGGAGGGCUUAUGGGAACUCUUCUCGUUCGCAAAAUUGCACAUGCAGAUCCAACCCAUGUUUUUGUAGGAGAUGUUCUAGUUUUGAAGGAUCCUGAACAAUCAAAUAACUACUUGGUCAGAAGAUUGGCUGCCAUCGAGGGGUAUGAAAUGGUGUCUACUGAUUCAAAAGAUGAGCCUUUUGUCCUUGAAAGUGGUAAAUGUUGGGUACUUGCUGAUAACAAAGAUCUGAAGCCCAAGGAAGCACAUGACAGUCGAACAUUUGGUCCUGUUUUCAUGAAUGAUGUUGUUGGAAGGGCCAUAUAUUGCCUAAGAACAGCUGUAGAUCAUGGCCCGGUGCAGAACAGUUAUUACAGCAUGCAGAAGGAUUCGCCUGUCUUGGAAGUUGAAUUGGAUGUUGACGAGAUGGCGAGGAAUCACAAAGCGUGAAAAAGUGGCUGACUAAGGUCACUCGCCGGGUUUUGAAGUUCGGGAAAAUGGAAGUUCUUGUUACGUCUUUUAGAACAAAUGGGGACUCACAGGCUACAAUUCUUCAUUAUCGGACAGGCUAUCGCUUUGUCAUUUUGUCUUGAGUAGGAUCGACCAUCUCAUUUAUUCGGUGGCCCUUACUUCCGCUUUCGCGGAAUAUGUUAAUGGCUGGUGCUUGCCGUCGGUUUACCUUGGUCUAUCAUGUUUGUCAACAGUGGUAUGCUAGGCGAGAAAAAAAUAAAAUGAGGGACGGUUAUCGAAUUUCUUA